CCUUACGACUUGUUGGCGGUUCUCAACGUGAAGGACGUGUGGAGGUUUACUAUAAUGGUAGAUGGGGAACAGUUUGUGAUGAUUCCUGGGACAUCAGAGAUGCUCGUGUUGUCUGCAGACAGCUUGGUUUUCCAGAUGCUCAGGCUGCUUACGGGAGAGCUCAUUUUGGUCAAGGGAUUGGACAGAUUUGGCUUGACAAUGUUGGUUGUUCAGGUCAUGAGUCAUCGCUAAUUUCAUGCAGCCAUGGUGGAGUGGGAAGUCACAACUGUGGUCACAGUGAAGACGCGGGC